GUCUCGAUGUUGUCCCUGCCAGUCCUAGCGGAAGUUCCCUGAACGUGAGUGAGAUGUUGAAAAGAAGCCACGCUGUUCUUGACACAGACUUGAACAACUGUUUGGACCGAUUGAGGUCGUGGUGCUGUGUCUUUGAGAGCUGCUGAGUCAUGAUGCUGGAGAGGAGCAGGGUCACGCUGCUCGCGGAGAUCUUCUUCAGCAGGAAGCUGGAGGAGGAGGAGGAGAGGAUCCACUGCCUCUGCUCCAUAGCCUUCGUGCAGGACCGGGAGCUGUAUCGCUCUGACAACAGACUGCUCUCAUAUGAUGUGACAGACACACUCCAAGAGGCAGAUGAUGGAGAGGAGGAAGAAGAAGAGGAGGAGGUGGAGGAGGAGGUGUUGGAUGAAGAGGCUCAGCUGAUGGCCAACAUGGGUCUGCCGCUGGCCUUUGUUAGCUCCUCUAAACAGACGAGAGGGGGGAGGAGGUCCAACAGGAAGCCUGCCACAUGUUUGGAAGAAUCCCUUGAAGAGGAGGGAGACAAUCUACAAGUUGACAACAAAGUGGAAGCGUGUGAUUCAACGAAGGAAGCCACUGAAGAGACCCAAGCUGCCGGCUGGGAAACAUACUGGGCUCAACAGGGGGAAGCUCUGCUGUGGAGCAGCUGGUUGGAGAAGCUUCCAGAGACCGACCCAGGAUUAGGGACUGCUCCCUGGGAGGACCCACACACUAAAGCUGCCUGGGACACACACGCUGCAGAGACAUACUACUCAUACUGGGAGCAGUACUCAUACUGGGCAGCACAGGGGUGGACCACAGAGCAGUCUGCCUGUGAGGGGGACACUGGGGGAGACGCAGCAGCGGGGUUGGUGGGAGGCACAGAGACAGAGGAAAGGAGGGAUGGACAGACUGAGAACCGGCAGAGAGAUGAGGCUCUUCGUGACGAUGCUGAGGGUCUGAAGGAUCUGUUUGCACAGAGCUGCACGAUAGCAGCAGGUGUGAGAUCAGCGAGUGACUCAGAGACGGACACGCAGUGUGUGAGUGUGUGUGACCUCAGACAGCAGUCAGAGAGAGAGCCUUGUAUCUCUGAUCGUCCUUCUGAUGGGGGAAGUGAUCACCGGAGACAUGCUGCCUCCUCCUCACAGGGAAACACAGUUCAACAAACAGGUAUAUUUGACUCAGAUUCCCAGCAUGCUCCUGGCGGCGCUGACAGACAGCGUGGCGACAGGAAAACAAUGUCAAAUGGAGAAGAGGAUGACGAUGAUGGCAAACCCCCAGUAGGAGGAGGUGCUGAGGUGAAACGCAGUCAUGAGCUGGAUGUGGAGGAGAGCCCCAACCUGACCCCUGAGGAAGCCUGGAGUAAACUGGGCCUCAAACACAACCCCGAGCCUCUGUUCCAAAGCGUGUUGAGCUUUAAAGGCGGUCCUGCUCAGAAGCGUCCAAGGCAGUGGUUGACUAAAGGAGCAGCCCGCAGCGUCAACAAACACACCAGGUUCUGUGAGGCGGGUGGAGACCACACACGGCCGCAGAACAGAACCACCCUCCACAAGGUGAAAAACUUCCUUGAAAAGAACUGGAAAGAGACUCAGGUGACUCCAUGUGACCAAGGGGAGAGGGGAAGAGGAGGCACACAAGAACCAGAAGCUGAGGAAGGAGAUAAGGAGGCUGAGGAAGGAUAUAAGGACGCUGAGGAAGGAGAUGAGGAGGCUGAGGAAGGAGAUAGUUCCGAUUUGAUGUCCAUUUUAGAUGCAGAGAAAACCAGCGCCUCUGGGACUGUGGAGAGUGAGAGAGAGGAGGAGCAGCCCGACAAACCCUUAAGCUGUCUGGAAAUCCCUGACUUCCUCAUGUCUGACGCUCCUGAAGGCCACAGUGAGUCGGCUGUGAAGAACAAGAAGAAGCCGAAGAACAAGAGGAGUAAGCGCGGCAGGAAACAGCCAGUUCCGGCAGAGAUGGCAGCGGAGCCGCAGCUGGCUAAAUACUGGGCUCAGCGCUACAGACUCUUCUCUCGCUUCGAUGAGGGGAUCCGGCUGGACCGAGAGGGCUGGUUCUCGGUGACGCCGGAGAGGAUCGCAGAACACAUCGCCCUCCGGGUGGAGCACAGCUUCCCCGACGCUCAGCUGAUCAUAGACGCCUUCUGUGGAGUUGGAGGAAACGCCAUCCAGUUCGCCCUCGCUGGAAAGAGAGUUCUUGCCAUCGACAUCGACCCAGUGCGGUUGGACCUGGCGCGGCACAACGCCAUGGUUUACAACGUCGCUGACCGGAUCGACUUCGUGCAGGGCGACUUCCUUGAGUUGGCACCCCGUCUCCUCGGCGACGUUGUCUUCCUCUCACCACCAUGGGGGGGGCCGGACUACCUGACUGCAGAGGUGUUUGACAUCAAGACCAUGAUGCAGCCUGAUGGAUUUCAGAUUUUCCGCCUGGCCAAACUGAUAUCAGACAACAUUGUGUACUUCCUGCCUCGGAAUGCUGACAUGGAUCAGAUCGCCUCUCUGGCUGGUGCCGGAGGGAAGGUGGAGGUGGAGCAGAACUUCCUCAACAACAAGCUGAAGACCGUGACGGCUUACUUUGGCAGCUUGAUAAAGUCCGACAGCGAGUGAAGGACCGAACCUGAGUUGUUCUUCCUCUGAAUGAGUGUACUUCUACUCCUCAAAUGUCUCUAGGAAUCCAUUGAAGUCCUAAAAUUACAACCAUUGAAUUACUUUUUUAUACUUUUAAAAUACUUUUGUCAUUAAACUUUGGAAUAUGCAAAUAUAGGCUGAUUCAGACCAUCCUGAAAAAUGUUAUAUAUUUUAACUAUUGUUUUUUUAAUGCGCAUUAGAGAGAAUAAAUGUUUUUCUACAAUGUU